AUGGCCAGCCGUGCGAGAUUCAAUGGUCUGCUCACUCUGAUAGCAGCCACCUCUGCUAUCACAUCCGUCGCGGCAGCAAAAGACUGCUACAAGAACAAUGGCGACCUGUGGGUAUCGGACCCGGACGCCUACGUCGCCUCGUGGGUGCCGUGCGACGCCAGCGCCGACGUCUCGGUGUGCUGCAGCCAGGACGACUUCUGCCUGUCCAACGGGCUGUGCAUGAUCCAGAACGCCGGCGAUGGCAACAGCAUGAUCCUCAGCCAGGAGGGGUGUACGGACCCGAAGUGGACCGGGGCCUGCACCAACUACUGCACCGCGGAAUCAGAUGACCCCAACGGCUACAUGUUCCCCUGGUCUUGCGGCGACGCCGGCUGGUGCUGCGGGACGAAAGACGAUAGCUGUUGCAGCACAGCCACGGACUUCUUCCCCAUCACCGACCCGACGGGCAUCCAGCCGCCCGUUGCACGUCUGGCGGCGACAGCCACCGCGCAAUCCAGCACCACCUCCAGCACCACCCCCAUCUCAAGGGGCACCACCACCACGAGCGAAACAGCAGUAGCAACCCACAGCAGCCCAGCGCGCGGCGCCGCCGACGCCGACGCAAGCAGCACAGCCUGCGCCGCGGCCAACCAGACCGCCACAGAGUGCCCAGUCGCAUACAGCAGCAACACCAACAGCACGCGCGACCUCGCCAUCGGGCUCGGCGUCGGCGUGCCCAUCGGGCUGGCCAUCCUGACGGCGCUGGUCUGGGUGGGCCUGCAGAGGCGGAAGAAGGCUGCCGCCGCCGCCACCGGGGCCGAGGGGAACAACAAGACGGCGGCGGCGGCGGCGGGGUAUUAUCCCAACAAUCCGGGCAGCCUCUAUACGCCGUCGUCAACAACAAGUUCCAUGAGCGAGUUGUACUACCGCCAGCAUGAUCUGGCGCUAGCGCGGCAUGUCAAUGCGGGGGGGUUCGGACCGCAGGAGCUGCCGCAUAGUCGCGAGGCGGGCGAGCUCGCGAGCUAG